GGUCCAAAAACUGGGCUGAGCCCUGCGUUGCAAAAACGAACAUUUUUGGAAUAUAACUUACUUUUCUCGUAGGCAUGAUUUUUCGUGUUCUUUAAAAAGUAUUUUUUCUUGUUCACCAUGAAAAACAGAAUUAGGAAAUAUGGCUUUGACAUUGUUCGGACACCUUGUGGCAUGGAAAAGCCACAAUUUUUCGAAGCGGCUAAGUUAGUGCUAUCUUCCGAUUGCAAAUCUAUGUAGUUUUCUUGGCCGAUAGAUGGGGCCAUGUUUCAUAACUCAUUUGAUUUGGCACAGUACAGAAAAAAGUACUCAUCGCGUUUGUUCUUUUUUGCUCACAAUUCAAUCAUCGUUGAAAACUAUAGUUCAGGAAAAAUUUAGAAAACUGUCCAGGCGGGGCUCAGAGCUUUCUACGCAGGGCUCAGCCCAGUUUUUGGACCACAGUCAAAUUUUCAGUUUUUUGAAUUUUUCGACCCAAAAAAUCCGUUUUCAAAAAUUAAAACACACAUAUUUUGACAGAGCUCCUCGAGCUGCAUCAAACCAUGUAUGAAUUAUUCAGAAAAAAAUAGUGUUUCUCCUUUAAGUUCCGGACACCUUACUAAGAUCUUAGUAGGAUUCGAAUAAGCCUCUCGCUAAGGUAUACGCUUCUUGAUCGGGAAAUAUUUCACUUCUGUGAAAGAGCUCGUGACAGAGGACUCUUCGUAGCUAGCACUGAGGUUAUAAAUUUUCGCCACUGGGCUAAACUAUCUCUUUUAACGUGGUUUUGUAGUGGUUGAAUUCUGGAAUGUAAAAUUAGUCUUACGAAAACGAGUCCAGAGACUGUUCCUGGCUUAUGUAUCAUGUUGGAGCCUCAGAACAGUAGCUAAAAUAGAACGUCGCUCUAUGAGCAAUGAGUAGCAUUCCUUUUAACAAACUGAAUUAAUUAUUUCAUUGUCGUACCUCUCCUUUAUUAUUGAUCUUGCUUUUAUUGUUUAUCAAACACGCUUUUUUUUCACUUGCUUUUAUUAUGUUUAUAAUGUUUAUCAGGCACUGAUAAACAUUAUCAAAAAAGAGAUUUAUAUAUAAAAAGUCAUUUAUUUUAUAAAACAUUUCGCUUUUUGUAUUUUGUCUUUUUUUUUCUUCUGCAGUGUGUGGCAUAUAUUUAAUGUACUUGGUCAGUGGUAGUAUAGCAGAAGGACAACGUCUCUCUGAAGAUAUUGAUUUUAUACUUGAAGAAGGUGAAUUAAAUUCUGAAAAUGAACUUCAACGGAAAAUGAUCUCUAUGUGCAAAUUAAGUGGAAUAAUGAAAAACUGGCUCAAUUACCUUGUGGUUAUAAUAAUGGAAUAUGUUGUGUUAAUGGGUUUAAAAUGAAGCAAAAUUAUUCUAAUUAUGACUAAAAUGCUCUCUGGUUUUACAGGCUAAUAUGGAUAUUUCUGUCGAUAAAGUGAGUAUUUUACGUUCGCCAUUAGUUAAAGAUGUUGCAGAAGAAUUUGAUCAGAGAUUUACCCAAGCUUUACAUAUGAUCGCAUCGCAGUCCCGAACUAAAUUUACAGAAACUUUUCUUUCUCUUCAUGAUGAAUUGACUAAAAUUAUAAACAAUGUAGAUGAACGAGAACGAAUGAUGAAUUAUGUUCCAACGACAAAAUUUCAAUUUGAACGUUUAUUUUAUUUGAUGGGACUGGCCUAUGGUAUAUAUUUCCCGGCUGAACUCAAAUUAUAA